AUGAAUUUGUUUACACCAAAACACCAGAGAUUGGUCAAUCAAUGCUAUCCAACUGGUAAAACUCCUGAAAAAAAACCCAAAUCUUCUGAAACCUCCUAUUUAUUGUAUUAUGUCAAUAGCAGAAGAACAAAAUUAGAAAAAGUUUCCAAUUAUUUACUCAAAAAAACUGCUAGAGAUUUAACCCAUAGAAGAAUUGGUAACAUUGCAGUCACUCUACAAAUAUUAGCACGUAUUAUUACAAGUUGUAAAGAAAAUCUAAACGUUUUUCUUUAUGAUUUUUUAACCAUCAUGGUUCAAGUGGGAUCUAAUACUUCCAUGAAUAAUGAUGCCACUAUUGUCGAAUGUUUGGCUGGGGAUUAUCAUGCAAUUUGUGACAAUUUAGAUAUCUCUGUCAUUAACAAUAACGAUUUGCAUCAAUUUGAAGUUUUCACCAACUUAUUUUUCCAAAUAUGUUCUACAGAUUUAAAAGGGCAAGCUUUUAGUAAAGAUGAUUUAACUUUGAAGGGUUGUAUCGCAAUUUCACUCGUUAAAGGUUUGGCUAGCAAUCCAAAGUUAAAAAAUCUUAUAUCUGAGGCUAUCUAUAAAACACUUUUGAUUUUCCAAUCAAGGCACAAGAAUUACCAAACUGCAGAUAUAUCUGUGUCUCAAAAAAGAAAUAAUUAUAAUGAGCGCAAAAAAAGUGAGGAUGUAAUCAAUAAAAAAAUUUCUUUGACAAGAACCAUAACCAGACAGUUUGGUUUAGAUGACAUUCGAGACGAUUCAGAUCUAUCAAUUAUCUCCUUAAAACAUUAUUAUAAUACAUUGGAAGCAGAAAAAUUACCCAUAUCUGUACGCGCUUUAUUAAAAGUUUUGUUAAAAACACCAAAUAAAGAAUUACUGGAAUUUAUUACCAAUGGGAUACCUGUUCAAUUACGAUACAUUGUAAUUAUUAUCUUUAUUAGCGAAUUGAGUAACAAGAAGGAAAAAGAAGUUAUAAUCAUACUACAACUGAUCUCAAGUUUAGUUUACACAGAGGUCAGCAUCGUUGGCUUAAGUGUUUUAGACACAGUUCGUAAGCUAUUGAAUUAUCAAACUCAAAAUAAGUUAUCAUUGCAAACUAUCGAACAAUGCAAAAUUACUAUUGCAGACUUAAAUACCCGACUAUUUUAUAAAGACCAAACCUCAGAUAUUUUACAGGAUAUAUAUUCUAGAUUGAAAUCAAUAAAAAACGCUGAUCGUGAAUCUUUGGUCCAAAAGAUUUUAAUAACUGAUAUAGACUAUUUGGUUGCAUUAGUAUCAACUCCUUGUAUUUCGUUGGAUUUAUUUACAGAUAUAGCCAAGUUAACCUUCCCAGAUUGUGAUAUGCUAAGUUUAUUGCGAUUGGUUAAUCAAAAAGCAGUAACUCCAGGCUCAAUGACAAAAUUUUUCAAGUGGUUGUCCUCGUUAAAUGAUGAAAAAAUAAUUGACUAUUUAAUGAAUACUAUUUUCAGAUUAUAUGGGUCCAUUGCACUAUUGGUGGGAUUGCUUUUUUAUCAAAAACCAAGCUAUUGUAAACCGUAUUAUGCGUAUUAUAAAUAUCAUAUAGAGGCUGCUAAAUUUCUUUCCAUUCAUGAUUAUGAAGUGCAAUCUAAAAACAAAAUGACAAAUAACGAUGUUUUCCACGACUCAGAUUUAUUAAAUUAUUAUUCCGAUUCUGGUGCUAAUAAAUAUGCAUCUAAGGGUACUAGAAUUUUGGCUGCUAAUAACAGCGGAAACGACGGUAAUUAUAAUGAGGAAGAUCAAAAUAAUAGUGACUUAAUGCUAGAUAGGUUAAAAAAUUCCUCAAGCACCACGCUGCUAACACCCGUAGAUAACGGUAGUUCAACAUUUUCAAGAAAUAACAUAAGAACCAAUAAUUUUAAUAAUUCUGAGUCCAAAUCAUUUGGAUCGUUAAAAUAUCAUAAACCAACAGUUAAAGAAUUGCGGAAAACUUUAAAGCAUAGUAAUACAAGGAUUACUAGUGGUAGUAAAGUAUCAUUAAAUGGUUCUCCAAGGACGAAUGAUGCAUCACAAUCAUUAAAAUCAAGAAUCACAAAUAUCACUUUUCUGUUAUCAGAUUUACAAGAUGAUUUAAAAGACAUGCAUAGAGUUGAACCAAACAAUAACAACAAUGACGAUAAUAAUAGCCAUAAUAAUCCUUCUAAUGAUGAUUUCUCGCAUAUAAAUAUAAUUGACCAAUACGAUUUGAGCAAUUUGAAAUCGCAAGUGAAACCCCUUUCUAUAAAGGGUGACAUUACAAGCAUAAACAAUAACGAUAACAGUAUCGACAAUAAUACGCUUAGUAAUGGGGAAACAGCUACCUUUAGGGAUGCUUCUGCGUCAGCCAAAAUAGAUGUUGCAAACAGAGGUAAGAUUUUCGAAUAA